AUGGCAAUAUCAAUCAACCGUCUGGAGUCUCAAGUAAAUGGAAGAUUGCCAUCCCAACCUGAACUGAACCUGAAGAAGGUAAGUGCAAUGACUUUAAGGAGCGGGAAGAAAAUUCAGGGGCCCGAACUUGUGACUCCAAAGGAUAAGGACGAAGAGAAGAUUGAGAAAGAACUUCAGGCAAAGAAUACAAGCACCAAAAAUUCAGUGGUACUCCCUGACCUAAUCAUAGACGUUAAAACUAAUCCCCUUCUAUUUCCUUGCAAGUUGGAGAAAUCGAAAAAGCAGGACAAGGAGAAAGAGAUCCUGGAGGUGUUACGCAAGGUAGAGAUUAAUAUUCCCUUAUUAGAUGCCAUCAAACAAGUGUCGAAAUAUGCAAAAUUUUUGAGGGACCUAUGUGUCAACCGAAAGCGGCUGAGGGGAGGCGAAAAAAUCAUUGUUAGGGAGAAUGUGUCAGCAGUUCUCCAAAAGAAGUUUCCAUCAAAGUGCGGGGAUCCAGAUAGGUUUACUGUCCCAUGUAGGAUAGAUAACACUUUAAUUAGGAAUACCCUGCUGGACUUAGGAGCAUCGAUCAACGUAAUGCCUAAAUCUAUGUAUGUUUCUCAGAACCUUGGUCCAUUAAAAGAAACCGAGAUAAUAAUUCAAUUAGCUGACCGAAUAAAUGCAUACCCUGAUGGGUUGGUCGAGGAUGUGCUGGUUAAAGUUAAUGAAUUGAUAUUCCCAACUGACUUUUAUGUACUUGACAUGGAUGAUGAUCAUUCCCCUGACCCCUCACCUUCGCUACUAGGUAGACCCUUUUUUAGCACAACACAGACAAAAAUUGACGUUAAUAAGGAAUUUUCUGAGUUUACAUGUAGGGACAAAGUCAAAUUUACUGAGAACAAGUAUAAGGGGAUGAAAACACUGUAUGAGGUGAAAAGGAGUAGGAAAUUAAGAAAGAAGGCUGCACUCAAAGGCUAUUUGGAUCCUGGAGGAGGGCCACCGAUUUCCAGGAAAAUUGAGUUACACCCAGAUUGA